AAUCAAUAUUGGCCAAAUGAGAGGGAAGAACUAAAUCUGGGUCCAUUCUCUGUGAAAUUGGUAGAAUAAAAAGAACAUGCUUAUUAUGUUGUUAGGAAAAUGACUCUUUCGAAAAAGAAGGUACCUGAGUCAAGGAUGGUUGUACAGUUCCAUUUCACCAGAUGGCCUGACCAUCGAACGCCUAAUCGGCUGAACCUGAUUAUGUUUCUCAGACUUUUCCAGCAUAAAAUCAGACCCAACAAUCACCCAAUCAUUGUCAAUUGCAGUGCUGGUAUCGGUAGAACCGGGACGUUCAUUGCUCUGGACGUCCUGUCGAGGUACGGAGAGGAACAUGACAAAAUCAACGUCAUCGAAUUUGUUAAGGCCAUGCGUAAAGAUAGGAGGAUCAUGAUUCAAAACGCUGAUCAGUACGCCUUCCUUUAUUACGCCCUGUAUGAGUACUUCAGAAGGAAGGAAAAUUUUAUAAGCAGGACAGAAUUUAUGGAGUUAUAUGGCGAAAUGAAGAAACCGGAAACAAGAAAACGACUUAGGAAUGAAUUCAAUUCGUUUACCAGGGCUGAAGAGUUAAUUUCUGCGCAAUAUCCUGUGUCAGGAGCCGCCAUUGAUAUCGCUCGUUUGCUGAUUGAUCAGACCUCUUCAUUCCUGAUCUCAAUGAACCCUUUAUCAGAAAUUAAUAAGAUAAAAGAUUGGGUUGACAACAAUAUCAAGAAGAUCGAUUUGGCUCCAUGUGAAAUCUCAAAGAGUACACAGCAAAUGGUUACAAACACCUUUCGAAAAACAGACAUUAAAAUCAAGAGGAAACAA